AUGCAGAAUACGAAAAUUGACGAUGAUCAUAGUGGGAAUAAUGAUUAUAUCAAAAAAGAAGAUAUCUGUAAUAAGUUAUCAAUAUUUGAAAACAAUCAAAAAAUGAGCUGUCGUCUGAGUAAAUCAUUAGGCGUUGCUCCGAUGCUUGAUGUAACCACGCAGCAUUUUUUGCAACUUUGUCGGAUAAUAUCUCCAAAUUUUCUUUUAUACACCGAAAUGAUCCAUUGUAAUGCAAUAAUUCAUCAUGCCAAUGAUCUAAGCCAACUACUCGGCCCUCCAUUUCCAGACACAGUCAUACAAUUAGGUGGAUCCGAUCCGGAGGCUAUGAGUCAAGCUGCGGUAAUAUUAGCAAGGAAUGGUUGGCGAGAUAUUAAUAUCAAUAUCGGAUGUCCGAGUAGCAAAGUUCAGCAUAAUAACUUUGGUGCGAUAUUGAUGAAAUCACCGGAUUUAGUCGCGCGUAUAGUUACUGCGAUGGCAGAAGUAAAUCAACACGAUGACAUUUCACCAAUCACAAUUAGCGUGAAAUGUCGUGUGGGCGUUGAUGAUAUAGAUUCAUACGAACAGCUAUAUCAUUUUAUUUCAACAGUCUCAAAAACAAAUUUCGUGAAUCACUUUAUCAUACAUGCGCGAAAAUGUUGGCUUAAAGGACUUUCACCCGCACAAAACCGAACAAUUCCAAAACUUGACUAUGAACGCGUAUAUCGCCUUGCCAACGAUUUUCCGAAUCUAUUGUUUACCAUUAAUGGAGGAAUCGAUAACAUUGAUAAAGUAGUAGAACAACUUGAGAAAGUGGAUGGCGUUAUGAUUGGUCGAAAAGAUUUUUAUGGAAUUCCUCCUAAGCCAGACCUCGAAAUUAUAAAUGAAUAUAUUGACUAUUUAUCAGCACACCUAGCAUCUUUAACUGCAUCUAAGUUAUCGACUCUGUCGCUUAGUAUCUUGUUAAAGCCAAUAUUUAUGAUUUUUUCCGGUUCCAAAGGAAAAUGUUUUCGUCGUCAUCUGCAACUUAAUAUCAUAAAAUAUAGAAAAUCAAAUUCUUUCGAGUCUAAUUUUGACAAUGAUAAUAUAAAUAAUUACACGCUGAAACUUGUUGACGAUAUACGAUCGUUUGUCAAACAAAGUAUAUCAGAUGCUGAACUAGAACACGAGAAUAAAAAGAACCAAAGCCAAUAG